AUGUCCUCCGACGACGCCUACAUGUCCUUCCUGGACAAAGCUAACGCAGAUGUGAGCGGAAGCGCCCCGCAGCAAGGAGCGGGCACUGUCAAAACCAAGACCGUGCACAGCUCCCUGUCAGUCCCAAAGCCGCUGCAGUCCGUCGACGCAUACUACAUCUCCGAUACAGACGAACCCUUCGAGCCUGUGGCAUUGAAGUGGGAUGGCGCUGCCAAGGGCGCGCUGCCUAGUGCUGAACAGCUCUCCUCCCUGAUCUCCCCAGAUACCGACCUGUCCCAGUCCAUCUCCAUUCUAUCCCCAUCCUCCUUCGACCCGAAGAAUCAAUACAGUGCCGCCCUGGAUGCUGUCCGCGCCGCGGCUGUCGAGAAGGAUUCUGGUGCCGAUCAGUCGGCUGUUGAGGUGAAGGUUUACCGUGUCGAACAAACUAGUACCAAGAUCGAGUACUGGGUUCUGGCAUUACAUGCGCCUGAGAGCCGUAUUGUCGGUCUGCGCGUUAAGGCUGUUGAGUCGUAG